ACCAAAGAAAAGCACAGAAGAGGAAAAAAGAGAGCUUUGAAUUUACAAGAAACAAAGAAAGGGGAAGAAGAAGAAGAGGAGGAGAAGAAGGAGGAAGGAGCUAGUUUACACAUAUAUUGCUCGUUUCAAAAAUGAAGAAGCCUCAUCACCUCGCAGAACCUAAUUGUUUUGAAGAAAAGGCUGAGGAUAAUUUUGAGAUUUUUCCCAGAGGACUCAACAUUGUUUGGGGGGACGACCCUCGUUAUUGGAGCCUUGAGACUUCUACGAACGGGGCUGCGACGCUGAUCCAAGUAUCAUGGCUAGACGUAUCAGGUAUGGUGGAAGUUAAGCAGGGAAAGAAAUACAGAGUGACGUUUGAAGUGAUGAUGAAGCCGGACGCGUUCGGGUGGACGGGAAGUCCGGUGCUGGUCAUGGCCAAGGUGGGGAAGAAGGGCAAGUAUACCUACUCCGAGAUCCUUCUGAGUAGCCAUUCCGGUGAGGCCAUCACCAUCCCGGACGGUGGGGUCGAAGUCGACCUGACGCAAGGGUCGGAGAAGAAGAUUUACUUUGGGCUCUAUGAAGUUUGGAGUGGCAAAUGGAAGGGAGGGCUUAUGAUCAAGAAGGCCAAGGUCGAACCCGUAACUUAAAGCGACACACAUAUACACACCUUCUCUUCUUUGUUUGCUGAUCUUUAAUUAUAUUAGUCAAUAAGAUCUUCGUCGUCGUCGUCGUCGAUCAUGAGAAAUUAAUGCCAGUGUCUGUUUUAUUUGUGUAAUAAUGAAUAACGUGUUUGCAAUUAUAUAUGCUCUACGCGUAUGUAUUUGGAACGCAUUCUAUAUGCGUAUUUGUACUUUUGUGUGCUGU